AUGACCUCGUCAAUUAAAGUUUUACUAGUCACCAAAACCCGGGGUUACCGUCACGACUGUAUCCCCAGCACCAUCGCCGCAUUCAAAUCAUUACCCAUCACAGUCACAGCUACCGAAGAUACAUCUGAACUUUUAUCGCUGUCUCACUAUGAUGUUAUCGCGCUCGGGCAUAACACGGGUGAUUUUCUGAGUGAAGAUGAAGUCGUUUCUUUAGCGAAGUUUGUUGAGGGUGGUGGUGGCGUUGUUGGCGUUCAUGCUGCUUCGUGCGGUAUGCCGACGGAUAGCAGAUAUACGAAUAUUCUUGGGGAGGUGUUUGAUGGUCAUCCGCCGCCGGAGUGGAUUACCCUGAAGGUUGAGAAUGAAGGUCAUUUUGUUAAUCGCGGCGCCGAAUUGCCUCGAGCAGACGCUGCGCCAGAGUCGACCGAGGCUUGUCCAUUCAACGUAAAUUCACUCUCAAAAAGCCAAUUCCCAUGGUUCGACGAAGUAUACACCUUCAAAUCGCAUCCUCGUCUGCCCAAAGACCGCAUAAUUCUCCUCUCCAUACACCAAACCACCACGUCAAACGACGAGAGGGCGAAUUUCCCACUAUCAUGGACCCAAACAGUCGGCAAAGGCAGGGUGUUUUAUACAGCGCUUGGCCAUUUUGAUGAAGCGUAUCGCAAUUCAUGGUUUUCGCAAACUCUAUUUCGCGGCAUUGUCUGGGCUGCCAAGCGAGAUGGCAAUUGA